CGGUGAUUAUAGCGGCAAUGGUGGCACCGGCUACAAAGGCCUUGACGAUGGAGGCGGCGGCUACUACGGCGGCAAUGGUGGCGGUUGGUGCCAGCCAGCCAGGACGGCGGCGUUGGCUUCAACGGUUUGGGCGGACACGAAAACGAAAUGAAAACUGGCAUGGCAGUCCGUCAGUCAGGUAAUCAGGUUCCACGCUUGGCUGAAACUUUUCAAGCGACUUGCUUCUCAGCCGUCAGCCGUCAGGAGCUCCCCCCGAUGCUCUUCUCCGCCGUCAGGCACGGGCUCAAACCGCGGCCACGGUUCCCUCCUCCUCCUGCCGCCUCGCCAGCGAAGGCUCCCGCUUCCCCUUGCGGCGCACACCGCCGCGGCUCUCACGCAGACGCCUCGCACGCGUCGCUGCUCCUCCGGCUGCGGUCGGGCCCCGCCCUCGCCGAGGCCCGGCGGCUGCACGCCGCUGUGCUCGUCGGCGGCCACCGCCACGGCGCGGUCCUCUCCGCUCAGCUGGUACAGGUGUAUGCUAGGCUCGGGCAGACCGGGCACGCGCUUCGCGUGCUCGACGGAAUGCCCAGGAGGAACUCCUUCGCGUGGAACGCCGCGAUCAAGGGCCUCGUUGACGCGGGGCGCUUCUCCGAGGCGCUGGAGACGUACCGGGCGAUGGUCGACGAUGGCUCGGUUGCGGCGGAUGGUUUCACGUACCCGCCCGUCAUCAAGGCGUGUGCCGUGCUCGGAGCGGUUGAGCAGGGCCGGGUGAUCAGAGAUCACGUGGAGGCAGGCGUUGCCAGUGGCGACGCGACGCCCAACGUGUUCGUGCAGUGCGCGCUCGUCAACAUGUUUGCCAAGUGUGGGUGCUUGGGCGAGGCGAGGAGUGUGUUCGAGAGCAUGCAAGAAAAGGAUGUGGUUGCAUGGACUGCGAUGAUCGGAGGAGCCGUGCAUGCAGGAGAUUGGCUCGACGCGAUGUGUUUGUUCAAUAGGAUGAGAUCAGAAGGGUUCUCGGCUGAUUCGGUGAUCAUUGCCACUGUCAUCCCAGCAUGUGGCAGGGUGAAAGAGUUGCGAGCUGGAACGGCAUUGCAUGGAUGCGCGGUGAGAUGUGGUGUUGCUGAUGAUAACUGUGUUUCCAAUGCUCUGGUUGAUAUGUACUGCAAGUGUGGCUGCCUGGAGAUGGCUGAUUAUCUGUUCCGUUCUAUCUAUUUCAAGGAUGUUGUCUCUUGGAGUACAUUGAUUGCGGGGUAUUCGCAGAACGGAAUGUAUCAUAUGAGUGUCAGUUUGUUUACUGAAAUGGUUGCUGCAGGGUUAAAACCAAAUUCCAAUACCAUGGCAAGUAUACUUCCGAGUCUUUCUGGCCUGAAAUUGUUCAGGCAUGGAAAAGAGGUCCAUGGCUUCUCCUUGAGAUAUGGACUUGACCAGAGCAAGUUUCUAGGGAGCGCAUUUAUUGACUUCUACAGUAGACAAGGAUUCCUAAGGGAGGCAGCAACUGUAUUUGAGCUCAUUCCAAAAAAAGAUUUGGUUAUAUGGAAUUCAGUGGUUGCAGCGUAUGGCGUGAAUGGGGAUACAGAUUCUGCACUGUGUGCAUUUAGGGCGCUACAGAAAGCAGGAUUUAAACCUGAUCAUGUGACUGUUAUUUCAGCUCUUCCAGUAUGCAAUCACCAUUCCAGGCUCAUUCAGGGUAAGGCACUACAUGCUUAUGUCGUUAGGCGUUAUAUGAGUUCUAUCUGCUCAGUCUGUAACGCGCUUAUAGAUAUGUACUGCAAAUGCUGUUGCCUAGAAAAGGGCAAAGAUAUUUUUCAGCUGAUGACAGAGCGAGAUACUGCUACAUAUAACACAUUGAUUUCUUCUUUGGGAAAGCAUGGCCAUGAAGAUCAAGCCAUAAUGUUAUUUGAUCAGAUGAAGAGAGAUGGAAUUGCUCCUGACAAAGUCACUUUUGUGGCUCUACUAUCUUGUUGCAGUCAUGCAGGCCUUACUGAGAAGGGCUUGCACUUUUACAACUCCAUGUUACAAGACUACAACAUUUCCCCAGAUAAGGAGCAUUACUCAUGUGUUGUUGAUCUUUACAGCAGAUCUGGGAAACUUGACGAUGCUUGGAAGUUCAUUUCAAGUUUGAGGGAAGGGACAGAAAUAGAUGUUCUUGGAUGCCUCUUGGCGGCUUGCAGGGUGCAUAACAGAAUGGACAUUGCUGAGCUAGUUGCAGAAAGAAUAUUUGAAAAGAACCCCAGUGAUCCUGGCUACCAUAUUUUGCUGUCCAAUAUAUAUGCUGAUGCUGGAAUGUGGUCUGACGUGACGAAGAUCAGAACUAUAAUAGAAGAGAGGAGUUUGAAGAAUAAAACAGGAAACAGUUUGAUUUGACUUGUUCAGAUAUAAUUCAUGGAUCGCAUAUAUUUAUCUUUUUUUGCUAACCAAGGGAACCAUUUAUGGUUUGAUAAGGAAAAACAACCGCAAGGGCAGUCCAAAAAUGUCAGGCUAUCAUUUAUACUGCCAAUAUUCAGAACUAGAGGAAACACCUUAUGGUUGUUACUUUGUUCCAUAUGAUGGAUAUAGACUGCAUUUUUUAUAACUGCUGAUGUGCACAGAUAGUGUCGAUCCUGUGGGAACGUAUGUCAGAGAAACAGCUACUGUCUUCAGGAAGCUCUUAGAAGAUUUUCUUCAUAGGAAACAAUUUCAUAUCUGUGGAUACAGACGAAUAAAAGGAUUGUUUUCAUGACUUCACAAAGUACUCUGUUACAAUAAUGUACAGCUAAUGGCAUGAAAAUCAUUAUAAGGGAACAAAAUGAUACUUCUGAGCUCAGUGUUCGGAAGAAACAGCAACAACACCGUCCAUGUUUGACGUCCAGAACUCCAAAUGUUGAUGUUUGCGAAGAAAAUAUGGAGCUAUGCAUAUUGGAUUUUGAGGGCAAAAUCAGAACCCUUCCGGGUUCCGCAUACUACAAAGCAUGCCCAUGCUUAAAUCUGUUCACCUGUUGCUAUCAUACAGCAGCGACAAUGUUUCCAUCAAAGAGUGCCAAAAGCGGAAAGAAUAAAGUGGAUUAUGUAAAGCAUUCAGAUUUCUCUUCCGAUUCAAGGAAUCGGUGGGGCAAGAGGCUGCUAACUCACUGACUUUUAUGUCCGUAGCGGCGAUGCAUGCCGAUGCUUCUGGAGAGUCGGGUUUGACAGGUUGACUUGCAAGAUCCAAGAAAGUAAUGACAGCAAGUGGGAAUCGUUAUCCUGUCCAGGUCACAUCUGCACACCAACUCGGAAAGUUCCAAUGGCCGGUAUGAUUUGGGCCACCUGCCCUUCCUGCAACGCUGCAGAUAUGCCGGAGCAAGCAAUGGAAGCUAGCCAGCACAUGUUCUGGAGCCUUGCUCUGCACAAUUGUCCGCCCUCAGUUUCACAAGAAAAGAAGGAGCUGGUUACUAGGCUGGGCUUCAGGGAUGGAGCUUGAAUGAAUGGCACACCCAUCCAUGUGGGCAGGGCAGAUGAGGACGACCUCCUGAUUAUGAGUGAGGGGGAGGUGCUCCUGCAAGAGACAGGCUUGGACGUUUGCUUGAUCUGAUGAUUCGUUGGCUCGUGAUUUGGACCUGUGCAGCGCAGUGGCGUUGGGGAGCCCUGUUUCUGCAGUAGGGGCCUGGCCUGGCCCCAUUCAUGGGCAAUGGCAAUGGCAAUGGUUUGGCGUCCAGCUGGAGUAGCAGGGUAUGCACAUGCCACGAGAACACCACUUCGGCGUUUGAAAUCAUCCGAGAUGUUCAGUUGUACAUUGCGAUGAUGUGAUCUUAGAGCAACUCUAGCAGAUUCCGCAUCCGUUCACCCGCAAAACGUGUUUGCAGUUUGCGGAAAAACGCCUCUGCGAACCGGCGCGUACGGUCGUGGAUGCAGACCCCAUAUAAUGGACCCGUAAAAAAGCAUAUGGGUCGGCUUUGCGGGGUCUGCUCUGACGCAGCUCAUUUCGGACCGGAAAACCUAAAUUUGCACCACAUAUUUGCUAAAAUAAUGCAUUUCUUUGCUUUUCCAACAA